AUGGCGUCGCUGUUGUCCUAUAUGGGAUGGGCUGUCCUCCCAAACUAUGCCACCUCGAUAGCACAGAGUAUCUACUAUGGGCUCACCAUUCGCGCUGGUGAACCGCGACCUCAGCCUGGCACUCCCCGUUACGCGCGGCACCGUCGUCGCAUCUUCAUCCUGGUGGUCACCAGCUACCUCCUCUACACGCUUUACGAGACCUUUCACCGGGUGCAAAUCGCGGGCGAUUUCUACAAGGCCCUCGGCGUUUCGCCCCUGGCCGAUGAACGGACAAUCAAAUCGCGCUUCCGCCGGCUGGCUGCCCAGCACCACCCGGACAAGAUUGCUUCCGGCGACGGGCUGCGCUCCGACGACUAUUUCGUCUACCUGAAGCUGGCGCAAGACACGUUGCUGGAUCCCGUCCGACGCUUUGCCUACGACCGGUUCGGACCCAGUAUGCUCGGUUGGGGAGAGAAGAAGACGAUGCAGGAGUUCAUGUUUGCCGGGUUGCAGCGAUCUGCCCCGCAGUACAUCGGGGGUUUGGUGACCAUCAUGAUUCUACAUUUCACCUGGUGGUCGGAAUGGGGGCGCUAUUGGCGCUUCUUCACCUUUGCGGCUCUGAUGAUCCUGGAGUUGGCUCUCCUCACUCAUCCCGGGGCCUUGUUCUUCCCCGCAUCCUACCUCCCUGAUGCCGUACAAGAGCUUUUUGGGAUCUCCUCGAAGAACUCUGGAUUCUAUCUGCUGCCGUUCCAGAUCCUGACGCUGGCCCAACGGGCCUCUGUGACGCUGCACAUCUUCAUCUCACAGCUUACGCCCCCAGAGAUCGGCCGGCGGGCUGCGUCCGGUACGGGCGAGCAAUUGCACCCACAGACCAUGCAGCGGCUGGGACAGCUGCUGCAGCUCUCACGGGCAACGGACGGUGAGGCGACUCAGCUGUUGCAGCUGGGAUUCGCGCCUUUCAAGGGCGACCAUGAGGGCGUGGCCGCGCUGCGCAAGGGAAUGAAGGAAGGGUUGGUGCUGAGUAGUGUGAGGGCUAGUCCGGGGGUGCAGCAGGCUGUGGCGGAGGUGAUCCAGCGGAAGAAGCAGGGGAAAGCAGACUGA